AUGCCCCCAGCACCCAGAAGGCCUUCCGACGAGCCCUCCUCCAGCUCAGAACGGAAGCUCAUCCAGACAAAGCUCAAUUUCCCACGAGCCUCUCCCCGACCCUCCCCCUCCGCCGCCGCCGCCGCCGCCGCCGCACCUUCGUCAUCGUCUGCGUCUGCGUCCUCGUCGGGAACAUCGUCGCCCCAUUUUGCAACCGGGGUCGCUGCACCGCAGGGACAAAUCAGAGGCGGUGACCGAGGCCCUGACGGGUUGUAUAGAGAUCUACAAUGGGUCCGCCAGGAUGCGCCACAGAAGCAAAGUACCAGGAAUUAUAGAGGCGGUGACAAUAACGGCGCCGGCGACGACGGAUACUCCCCAGGAGCAAGGAAUGCUCCACGGACAAAGGACGGCAAUCUGGCUGCUAUUGCGGCGGAAACUCUCACACUAAUACCAGGCGUUCUAGCGCUCCACCCUGCCCCCCCUCCCUCGCGCCUCUUCACUGCCGCCGCGCCCCCACCACCCCUCGACCCCGCCGCCUGCCCCAGCUUCGUCCUCCCCUACUGCGACCCCGAAGGCCCCGGCUACCCCGGCACCCGUAUCCGCGUCGUCGACGGCGACACCUUCAACGUCGCCCUCUCGCUCGGCCAAGUGAUGAGCGACCCCCUCCCCGUGCUAGUCCUCAACCUUGCCAAUGCCAGGACGGCCGGCGGCGGCUGGCUCACCGGCUCAAUGGCGCAAGAAGAGGAACUCUGCUACCGCUCCACCCUCAGCGCAACCCUCACCCCCGCCUUCUAUCCCCUCCCCCCCGUCUCCGCCAUCUACUCCCCCGAGGUCAUCGUCUUCCGCACCUCGGUGAGGUCCAACCACUCCAUCAUCCCGCGGCACGAGCACAAGCGCGUGUCCGUGCUCUCCAUGGCAGCACAGUAUGCGCCAGCGCUGACGCCGACGAACCCGCCAAAGUAUGCGGUGCCCGCGGACCGCAUCCUGAUGCGCGAUAAGAUUCGGCUGCUGCUGAGGGUCGCGGCGCAUAUGGGCCACACGAGACUUGUGCUGGGCGCGCUGGGGUGCGGGGUGUUUAUGAAUCCGAGUGCAGAGGUGGCAGAGAUCUUUCUGGAGGUGUUUUUAGAGGCGGAGUUUACGGGCGGGUGGUGGAGGGAUGUGGUGUUUGCGGUGCUGGAUACGGAGCAUUUGUCGGGGAGGUGGGGCAAGUGGGGAGAUGGGCCGUAUGGGGCGUUUUGGAAGAAUUUGAAUGACUUUCCGGUGUAG